CGGGGCCUGGCCUGCGGGGCGGCUCCCCGGCGCGCACGCCGGAAACAGCAGCUCCAGCGUUCGGAACCCCGAGAAGCUUGGCCGCCGCCGCCCACCGCCGCCCUCGGUCAUGCCGAAGCACGAGUUCUUUGUAGACAUGACUUGUGAAGGCUGCUCUAACGCAGUCGCUCGGGUCCUCAACAAGCUAGGAGGAGUUGAGUUUGAGAUCGAUCUGCCCAACAAGAAGGUUUGCAUCGACUCUGAGCACAACGUGGACACUCUGCUGGAGACGCUGAAGAAAACAGGGAAGACUGUUACCUACAUCGACCCCAAAUAGCGAGGGCCUGGGUCCCCGGCCCGCAGGAUGGACCAGAGUGGGCAGAUGAAAUGAUUGUCUCUGUAGAAAAUCCGAAAGAAUCAGGGUCUGGAGACCUUCCAUUGAUGAACACAUCCAUGUACCAGAAGGUGUGCACCCCGACUCUAUGGGGACAGAAGCCUCUGUGCUUGGGAUCUGCCCAGACCCCACCUGUGGGCCUCUUCAUCGGGCUGUUCAAGUGUGUCCUUUAUCAUUUCCUUUAAUAAACUGGGAAACAUAAGUAAUGAGUUCUAGCAAAUGAUCAAAUACAAAGGGGAGACGGUCAUGGGAACCUUGUAGUCAAGUCAGAGAGAAGUUGUGGGCAACCUGGGGGCCUUCUACUUGCGAGUGGCAUCUGAGUAGGGGGAGUCUUGUGGAACCGAGCCCUGAACCUGUGGGGUCUGAGUCUAUCUCCAGGUAAAUGGUGUCGGGAGUUCAGUUAAAGUGUAGGACGCCUGGCCAGCACUGCAGGUUUCCUUGGUGUGGGCAACCCCCCCCCAUCUGGUGAGCAGGAGGGUCAGAAGUGUUCUGUAUGGAAGUAAAGGGGAAAGACACAGGUGGGAAACUGCAGGCUCUCCUGAUACAACCAUCUAUGCAAAAUGGGAAGAUUUGUCAAAGCCAGCAGGUAGAUACAACGGUAUUAACUCUAUUAUCCUCACUUUGUAUGCUUGAAAUAUUUCAUAAAUAAGAAAAACAGACUUGCUAUAUAAACAUGGGAAAUAUUGCCAAUAGUUCAAAAGAGCACACGAUGAAAAAUAAAUAUCCCAUUCAUUUCAGGUCCCUGGUCCUUCUCCACACAGACACUGAUUAUUACCCGUUUCAUACGUAUCCGGAUGAGUCUGCAAACGUGAAUUUUAAUGCUAAAAGAGCCACUCUACUGAGAAGAAUCAUGAACCAUCCCCACCCAUAUGGCCUGCACACCCAGGCCUUCCUCUGAAGAGUCCACCUCGUGACCCUGUAUUUAGGACGUUCACUGGAAACCACUCGGUGUCCUCUGUCAUUGGACCUGAACCCACCGUGUGUGUCUUUUCCAGUGGGCAAUUAUGUGGGCUCUCUUGCUUAACCAGGGCCAGCUUCCCCAGAGCAAGACUGCUUGUCUCUCUGACACGUCCUCCCCCGGCUCCCCAGAAUGAAUUUUCACCAGCCAAACAACCUGUAUUUUAAGUCAGACCAUUGCAAACAUAUCUUCAAAUCUUGGUGCAAAUCAGUCUGCCAUUUUCUUAUGAUGGGGUGCACAAGUAGACAGAAAGCCACGAACUUCACUUUGUUACAUGGAUGAAACCCCACUGUCCCCUGCUCUGACCUUUAGGAAAAAUGAAAGAGAGAAACUUUCAAAGUGAGAGCACGCUUAGCACACGACUCUGUACCCUGCCUUUUCCUUCUUGCUGAUCACUGUGUGUUGAGAUGGUUUUGUGCCACACAGAUUUGCCCUUGCAGUUAUAGUAUCCAUACUGGUUCAAUUCUGUGUGUGAAUAUACGGGGAGCUAAAAUGAAUAGUAAUUUUAUUCUUUCUAAAAUAAAGUCUUCAAAAACAGAAAAAGAAAUAAAAACGAAUAGCUCUGGCCUCCGUGGCUUAGUUGGUUGAGCAUCACCCCAUGCACCCAGAGGUUGCCAGUUAGAUUCCCAGUCGGGGCACAUGCCUGGGUUGCUGGGCUCGAUUCCCAGUAGCGGGGGAGGGUGCAGGAGGCAACUGAUCGAUGCUUCUUAUCUAUGUUUCUCUCUAUCUCCCUCUCUAAAGUCAAUAAAAACAUUUUUGUUAAAAAGUCUUCGUU